ACUUUCACACCAACUCUCUUUCUCCCAUUUACCCUCCCCGAGUUCGACACUUCGAAGGCAAAGGUGGGGAGGAGGAGAUGGCUAUCAACAAGAAAUCCAACAAGCUGCCUCAAACACCGGUUAUCAAGCAGAUCCUAAAGAGAUGCUCCAGCUUGGGCAAGAAGCAAAGCUACGACCAACAAGGUCUGCCUUUGGACGUCCCCAGAGGUCAUUUCGUUGUUUACGUUGGCCCUAACAGGACCAGAUACAUUGUUCCCAUCUCCUUCUUGACCCGACCCGAGUUCCAGACCCUGCUUCAUCAAGCUGAAGAAGAAUUCGGGUUCGAUCACGACAUGGGCCUCACCAUUCCCUGUGAUGAAGCUGUUUUCCAGUCUCUAACCUCCAUGCUCAGAUGAAGCAAAAAAAUAAAGUAUUUUUGGAGAAGGUUAACGGUUGAGCCGUUAACGAGUGUUAAAAAACGAUAUCAACCAGACAGGUCAUUGGAAUGUUUUGCCCGAGGACGAAGGGUUAAAAACAAA